UUCCAAAGGCCGACGGUCCUUUCAGGCAUCAGUUAAUAGUCUAAUGUGAUAAUUGUAAGAAGCCAGAUAUUUUUAGGGUCUCUUUGGGUUAUUUAGCGGGAAAAUUUUGUUGAAAUAUCGCUGUUGGGAAGCGGGAGGGUGCCCUCGGCGGAAGGAUACACCUCGGUGUUUUGGGAGUCGGAGGGAGGGAGCGAAGGAGGACCGAUCGGCGUGGAACCCGGUGAGCGUUCAUCCUGCCUCCUUCGCCUGGGAACAAAUAGCUGAAAAGAAGUAUGGAUUUUGAAAUGGCGGAAAAACAGAAGAGCUCUACUGUGAUCUGUUUAACAUCUGAUGAUGAGGAGGAGGAUGUGGUGUUUGUGUCAAACGAGCAGGGAUCUCAACAGAGCGAGACGUCGAUGAAGGAGAUGGAAAUCCAGAUACAGGAUAUCCGGAGCUUGCAGUCAGGAGAGGCUGCUGUGGAGGAAAAGAGUCCUGAAAAGGAUUUGGUGAAUUUCAUCAGAACUAACUUUGAUCAUGAAGUUUACUCUGCAGAUCCACAGGAUGUGAUGCAGGCUGUAACAGACAGGCCUUACUCUGUGUACCUGUAUGUAGGGGUGGAGCUGGGGGGAGGGAAGCGCGCUACCUUCCUGCUGAUCGGCUACUUUGAUGAUUGCUCAGGUAGGAGUGUGGUGAAGCUGCUGCACACUCUGCACAUGGGCAUUGACGGCGCUCAAAACCGGGACAUAGACGCCAUGGUGCAUGUUGUUUAUUCUGACGCUUGGCUUCUAGUCGAAGUCUUGAGAAAGUAUGAGCUUCCGCUGUACAACAUUGCCGCUUUUUACUGCAACGUUCCACAGCCGUACCUAACCCGGGUGAUUGUGACCAGGCUCCAGUCUUUCAGCCCAAAGUUAUUGUCCCUCUGCAGCAUCCCUGAGAUAGCAGAGAGAGCCUGCCAAGCUGGAAUCACGGCCUCCUUCAGCCAAGUUGUGGACCUGAUUACAGACAUCCAUCGCCAUUACACCAGAUGCCCUUCCGUUAAUGACAGUCUGAAAGAGGUGUUUGCUGACGCUGGGUCAUAUAACCCCCGUCUUCCACUCUCAGCACACUGUUUCUUCAUCACAUACAGCGUGCAGAAGAUGGCCGCUCACUGGCAGGAUUUGCAGGAAUAUUUUAAAUCCCUGAAAGAGACAAAGCCCUUGAACCGAAUCAAGAUCCAGCUGAUGGACGACGCAUUCAGACUUCAGUUUUUGUUCCUUUCCCACUCGUUGGAGCCACUCAGAGCCCUCCAAGAGCUACAGCAGGCGGGCAAAGCAGAUCUGAGCGGGGAGCUCCAGCUGGCUUUCAUUUUGCUGCAGUCCUACAUGGCCAGCAUCUACAAGCCGUCAGUGUCCAUUCCCUUCUUAAAGCAGGAGUUGACUUUGCCUCAAAGUGAGAAUCUGCUUCCAUUUUACGAGGUGAAUAUCGGCGUACAGGCUUUGGAACUGAUGAUGGUCUCCGGUUCCAAUAUCGAACAACAGGUCAAGAUUGGUUUCCUAAAGAAUGCCCAGACUUUCUACAAAGCAGCACUGUGGAGUCUGCUGGAGAGCAUUCCAGCUCCACUGUGUGAUGUCACAGUAAGGAAGAUUGGGAACAUGCUGAAAAAUCCAGAAAGCAUCAAUAAAGAUUUUCCUUGGGAAGGGUUGCCAAUGAUUGGUGCUCAGCUGGGUCUCUGCGCUGUCAGUGCUGCAGAGCAGGAACUGAAAGAAGGCUGCAACAUUUUAAAGAAGGAACAGAGAAAGCGUGAGGGAUGUAUUGGCUGGGUUACGGUAAGAUUUCUAACUUUUGAACUCUUUGGACUCCUCUAUAAAGACCCCAUAAAUGGGGUGAACAGUUCAGGGGACUCCCCUCCUUUAUCCCUCAACCUGCUUGUACAGCUGGCAUUGAUACAGGAGUGCGAGGCAUACAAGAACAUCAAAAUUAAUCCAAAUGUGGAGAAAACCCCCGCAGCCUCGCCGCAGGUUGAAAAAUUGGGGCAGGACUCGGGCACGGACCGGAGGACGCCACUUUUGCCGGAAAACUCUAACUACCAGAAAAGAAAAGUGACAGUGGAUCAGGAAUCAUCAGAGAAGGAGAACAGUCCUACAGGGAAGCUUUUAACUAAUAAAAAGCUGAAGCAUGGAGGAAGCAUGGAGGAAACGGACGAGACAGACAACUUCUCAGAUCUGGUGGAUUUUACAGAAGAGUCUAGACAGUCCUCUGCAGACCCGCCGAUGACCUCAGAAAGAGAUGGAAUCCAACAAGGAGAGUUUAUUUUCAUUGUGACAAGUGAUGAAGAGGAAGAGGGCUUGGAUUCAACAACCAUACUACCCGAUUCUGAAGAAUUUGCAGAAAAAUCAGUAGUUACUGUGGCGUCUCUGAAGCCAUUCGCAGGAUUCAGCCAGUACUUCUGUGCACACUCCUUUGCCACUCUGGUCACUUAUCGGGAGGCCAUCCUCUCAUCAUUGCAGGAGGCGGCACAGCGCUGUGGAAAGCGGUUUUCUGCUUUGCUUGACGACAGCGAAGAGCUCCUGAAGCAGAUGCUGGACUGGGCAUUCGGUGGCUUCCAACCAUCUGGUCCAGCUGGACUCAAACCCAGAAUAGGUGUGAUCCUGUCUUCUUUCUUGAAGAAAACAAUCUUUGCAGAUCUUGUUUCAGUAGUAGAACUUUACUCCAUCCUCCUCCUUCAAAGCUCACAAUGUCCCAGAAGACAACUGAGGGCCAAACCUCUGGAGGCGGCACAGCGCUGUGGAAAGCGGUUUUCUGCUUUGCUUGACGACAGCGAAGAGCUCCUGAAGCAGAUGCUGGACUGGGCAUUCGGUGGCUUCCAACCAUCUGGUCCAGCUGGACUCAAACCCAGAAUAGGCUUUGUUAAAACUUGCACUAAGCCAAAGGUGAAAAAGAAACUUUUUGGGAAAUCCAACCAAGCUCUUUCCCCCUCCAAGUCAGCAGUUGCUAUUUCAGACAUCACUAAAGCAUGUAGCGUGGUGGUCUCUCUUAAAAAAAUAUCGUUCACUCCCGGAGAUACUUCCUCCAGCUCCAAAACUAAUGGGGAUAAUGAACAGAAUUCUGCUGAAAAAAGCCUCAAAGAAGUGAAUCCAGUGAUGGGCAAGCAGGGAAAUGGAGGAUCCCAGGUGGAGACCGACAGGUUGGAUGAAGAGUGGGAGAAUGUGAAUAGCAGAAAGGAAAGGGGAGUUUCAGAGAGGCAAAGAGCGGCAAAGAGUGUAAAGAAGAGCCACCGCUGGUUAAAUGGAUUAGACGACGACGACACAUCACCUGACUUUGUUCCAUACAGGAAGAGAAGCUGCACCAAGUUGUACAAUAAGGUCAACCAGCCGAGCAGCGAGUACACGCAGCCAGACCAGAAGCACAGAGAGAUGGUUAUCAAGAUAAUCAUGGAAUCACAACUCGACAUUGAAGAUUUCUGUUUGUGUUGUGGGACCAAGGACAUAGAGAUUUUCCAUCCCCUUUUCAAAGGCGGCCUCUGCUUGAAGUGUAAAGAUAACUUCACAGAGACCCUGUAUCGCUAUGAUGAAGACGGAUACCAGUCCUACUGUACCAUCUGUUGCUAUGGGAUGGAGGUCAUACUAUGUGGGCAUGAUGGCUGCCACAGGUCUUACUGUGAAGACUGUCUGAACAUCCUUGCCGGCCCAGGGACCUUUGACUCACUUAAGGUCGUGGACCCAUGGGUCUGCUACCUCUGUCAGCCUCACCAGCCACAUGGUGCUCUGGUUCCCAGGGAUGACUGGAGAUUUCGUGUUCAAGAGUUAUUCGCCAACACAAGCGCCAUGGAGUUUGAGCCUCAUCGUGUCUACCCAUCCAUUCCCACUAAACUCCGCAGACCUCUCCGAGUUUUGUCUCUGUUCGAUGGCAUCGGGACGGGCUACCUGGUGCUGAAAGAUCUUGGCUUUAAGGUGGAAAAAUACAUCGCCUCCGAGAUUUGUGAGGAUUCCAUUGCUGUGGCAAGCAUCAACCAUGAUGGGAAGAUCAUUCAUGUUGGGGAUGUUCGAUUAAUCUCAGAUGAUGUGAUCCAGAAGUGGGGUCCGUUUGACUUGCUGAUAGGGGGGAGCCCGUGUAACGACCUCUCCAUUGUAAAUCCACUCAGGAAAGGCCUUUAUGAAGGCACCGGCAGACUCUUUUUUGAUUAUUACCGCAUCCUGCAGCUGCUAAAGCCCAAAGAGGACGACCCUCGGCCUUUCUUCUGGCUCUUUGAGAACGUCGUCUUCAUGAACACACACGACAAAGUCAACAUUUGCCGUUUCCUAGAGUGUAACCCUGUGCUGGUGGACGCAGUGAAAGUGAGCCCCGCAAACAGAGCUCGAUACUUCUGGGGAAACAUUCCUGGAAUGAGCCGGCCCAUCACAGCCUCCCAGAAGGACAAGUUGAACCUCCAGGAGUGUUUAGAGCUCGGCAGGGAAGCCAGGGUAACCAAAGUGAGAACAAUCACAACAAAGUCAAACUCCCUGAAGCAGGGGAAAAAUGUUUCUUUGCUGCCUGUCAUGGAUAAAGGAAAAGAAGACAUCCUCUGGAUCACUGAGGUGGAAAAAAUUUUUGGUUUCCCCAAACAUUACACCGAUGCAAGGAACAUGAACCGACAGCAGAGACAGAAGCUGCUGGGCAAGGCGUGGAGCGUACCAGUUAUCCGCCACCUCUUCGCCCCCCUGAAGGAGUACUUCGCCUGUGAGGAACUGCCUCCUGUAGCCACGCCGGAUGUCUCCACCUCCAGCUCCUCCGCCACCUCCUCGUCUCCUAACUCCCCAGACCUGCAGCAGCUGAGAUAAGGGAACUUGGAUGGGAUUGAGGGAUUUCAUAGGCACACAGCCUCCCAUACGGAGGUCCUAGGGGGCUUCCUACCUCACUGGUGUGGAGGCAAGAGCCCAGUCCGCGUAAAUAU